GCGCCUGUGGGAGGCAAGCAAUGCUGGAAGUGCCGUAGCCGAGCCAGAGAUGGAUGGUGUCGGCAGCAACAGGACCAUGUCGUACAGUAGAUGGAGUUACAACAGUGUUCUGGAUGAUGAGGGGAGCAGCCUGCGUCAGCAGAAGCUUGACAGGCAGCGAGCGUUGCUAGAACAGAAGCAGAAAAAAAAGCGCCAGGAGCCAUUAAUGGUUCAGUCCAAUGUGGACAGUCGUACAAGGACACGCAGAAUGAAACAUUCGGAAGAACAAGCACCAUUGGUUGAAUCGUAUCUUAACAGCAACAGCAGCACCAUAUAUCAUGUGCAGGAGGCCGAACAGGAAGAUAUAAAGGUGGUAGUGGAUACCCAAGCUCCGAAACCAACUAAAAAAACCAAGGCAGCAGCUGCAAGCUGUCAGACUGGCAGCACCAGAAAGGAGAAAAAAGGGAAACACAAAGGGAUUGAUGGCCCAGCUGCUUUUCAAGAUGAUGUUCAGAAGAUAGGAAGUCAAGUGCAGAUUCUCACUGUUGGACAGUCUAGCCAUGAUGAAGAUGAUGGAGAGAAAAUGGCUAGUGGCCAACAACAGCAAAGCAAACAAGAUCUUAGAACAGCAAUGCAGAAAAAAGGCAUUUCCAGCAGCAUGAAUUUUGAUGAGGAAGAAGAUGAGGAAGAUGAAGACAGCUCCAGUUCUUCACAGUUAAACAGUAACACCCGGCCUGGUUCUGCCACGAGCAAGAAAUCCAAUAAGGAAGCAGCCUCAGCCCCCAGUCCUUCCACAAAUGAGCCUCUCAUAGAUGUCGAUGACCUGGAGGAAUUUGCCGUAAGACCUGCUCCACAGGGUGUCACUGUCAAAUGCAGAAUCACAAGAGACAAGAAGGGAAUGGACCGAGGGAUGUACCCUACUUAUUACCUCCACUUGGAAAGGGAGCAUGGUAAAAAGGUGUUUCUGUUAGCUGGAAGGAAACGAAAGAAGAGUAAAACCUCUAAUUACCUCAUCUCCAUAGACCCAACUGACCUGUCUCGGGGUGGAGAGAGUUUUAUUGGAAAACUGAGAUCAAAUCUUAUGGGAACUAAGUUUACAGUUUAUGACAAUGGAGUAAAUCCAAUGAAAACAACAUCAAGCCUGGAGGCGACUAUCCUGCGUCAGGAGCUAGCUGCUAUUUGUUAUGAAACAAAUGUCUUGGGGUUUAAAGGACCUCGUAAAAUGAGUGUGAUCAUACCAGGAAUGAAUAUGGACCACGAAAGAGUUUCCAUCAGACCACGAAAUGAACAUGAAACACUUCUUGCAAGAUGGCAGAACAAAAACACAGAGAGUGUCAUUGAGCUGCAUAACAAAACACCAGUCUGGAAUGAUGACACCCAGUCCUAUGUUUUAAAUUUCCAUGGUCGAGUCACACAGGCCUCAGUGAAAAACUUCCAAAUUAUUCAUGAUAAUGAUCCUGACUACAUAGUGAUGCAGUUUGGCCGCGUGGCUGAGGAUGUGUUCACCAUGGACUACAACUACCCAAUGUGCGCACUACAAGCCUUUGCUAUUGCCCUUUCAAGUUUUGACAGCAAGCUGGCUUGUGAGUAA